UGAUAUAAAGACCUGUGAGUCAAUGAUAACUGAUGCUGUUUAAUUCAAAUUAUGAGGCUUUGUAGAGACUUUCUGAUUAGGCUAUUCUGAAUAACAAUAAAAUCUCAAAUCAAAUUUCAUGAGUUAGUCAACUUUGUCUGAGACAGAUUUUUCUAGGACUCAUUUCAUUAAAAUAAUUGAAGCGGGAGAUUCUGAAGAUUAAAUGAAUAUGAUUUAGAAGAUGUGUAAUGAGUGCAAUUGUAUUAGGCAGACUACACAUGCUGUAUUCAGGAAAACAAAUGAAUUUAUAAAUUAGUAUUCAUUUGAUAGUUAGCAAUAGCUGGGUUUGAGAUACAUAAAAUUUGUUAAAAUAUAACUAAAAUAUAAAUACGAUCUAUAGAGCGGGGCUGAGGAAAAAAAGUUUGAAAGCUGAUUUCAGAACCAAAACCAAACCAAAAGGCUUAGAACAGGAGCUGCUGAAGCAUAGUCUGCAGCAAUUGCAAUAAGAAUGCAGCCUGAACCAGCCUUAUGUUCCUGCUUACUCGUCAUCUACAUGAAUGUCAAAGUCUCUGAGCUAUCAUCCUCAGUGUCUCUAAUAUCAUGGCCUUAAGAAACAUCACCACCUUGACCAGGGACUUUCUAGUGUACUGAAGUGAUUGGCACUCAUAAUAGUCCCAUUUUGCCUUUAUUACAGGGCUCAUAUUCCAAAUGGACCUGUUCUGUUGAGGCUGGUUUGCACACAGACUUCCUAUGCUUCAGAUGUUGCUAUGAAGAAAGAAGUCAGAAAUGACUGAUGUAGAGCCCGUGGUCACAGAUUUUGCAGCAUCGGGAAGAGCAGGUCGACGAAAUGCCUUACCAGAUAUUCUGGGUUCUCCUGCGGGUGCUGGUGCAGGGACUUCAGACUUACCACAUAAACUAGCUGAACUUUCCGUGUCAAAAGAUGACGAAGCAGAGGGUGGAGAAAUAUCAUCUGAAGCCAUGAUGGAAAAUCCAGAGACAGAAGGAAAAAACAGUGAUGCCUAAUCUCAACAGAUUGCUGGAUUUACAAUGUCCAUCAACAGACUUUACAAAUGUUCUGCUUCUGGCAGGUUCCAAACCCUAGUAGAAACUGUAGUGGUCUGGGCAGUACUAUGCAACACAGUUGUAUCUGGAUGAUAUUAACUUGCAGCUACUAAUUGGGGUUUUUGUGCUGAUUUUCUACUGUAGUCCAUCAAAAAGCAAGUAAUUUUCAAAUCACAAACAGGAAAAAGCUAAAGAAUGUGAUUUUUUUUUAUUGUUGUCGGUUACACUGUAUUGAUACUAAUCCAACCAAACCCUUUUUGACAGUUUCAAUGAUUAUGGUAAACAGUUGCACAAAACAUAAUAAUCAUGCUAAAUAUAACUCAUUAAUUUUCCAAAUUAUUAUUCUCAGUGGCACCAAGUCUUGUUUCCUAUAGAAAAUAAGAUUAUGUCAAGCAUUUUGGGAUACAGAGGGAAAGGGGAAGUUUCUUGUCUUUAAAGACAGAAGAACCCCAUAGAUCCAUGAUGUACAAACUUUGGGAAUCUUCUAAGUCUUUUGUUCCCUCUGGGAAAAGAAAUGGGGUGAAAAAGUCUGAAACACGUUUUCUCCUUCUCUUUCCCAAAAAGUUCCAUAUGCUUCUUAAAACACCAAUAGCUUUUUUUAAGAGCUCUUCAGUUUAUUCAGGCAUAUCCAUGGGCAGAUAAUCUCUGGGUUAUUCCAUUCCCCACAAUGAUACUACUACUUUCUGUACACAGCCUCAAUACUCUAUUUGUUCAUAUGUAUCUAAAAUAAAAUAGCACCAAGUGGUUUAAAUUGUUUAAUCUCAACAUGUCUAUUAAAUAGAUUACCAUCUC